AUGGCGGGAGGAACCCCCCCCAAAAAAAAAAAAAACUUAAAAGCAAGGAACAUCGCCCAGUGCAAAGGAAGUCGGAAAAAUGAAGCCAAUCCGAUGGAGACAAAUUUUCUCGUAACGGAAAAUAAGAAAAAGGGAAACUUGGAAAAGUACAUAUGCGGAAAGGUCUGGCUGUACAAUAAAAUAAAUAGCCUAUACGCAAAUUGGAACAUUUUUAAGAUGAGCAUCCAAAGGGGUGCUCAUAGCGAGGAGAAGGGGAAGCAUCCGAUAAUGACCAUGAUGAAGAAGAAGAGGGGCAAAGCGCAGCGCUACACACAUGAACAAAAAAAUCGUAAGAGAAAAAAAAGGACAUUCGCUGACAUUUCAAAUGAAAAAAAUGCAGACACGGAAAGGACGGAAGGAAAGAACCAUCCAACGAUGUUCCAACAUUUGGAAUUGUUAAAAUCGCUACUCUGUAUUUACCACUUUUACACGACGGAUGAAAGUAAUGGGGAUAUGGGGCUUCCCCCCGUGGGGGGCACACAUGGGGCUUCUCCGUACAAGGGAACUGCCCUGGGGAAGGAGAAGAGUGGCACAGAAAAUGGCGAAAUUCAAAAUGGCGGCAUUCCAAGCUACAAUUUUCAGGACAAUGAAAAAUACAACAAAAGUCUGAGUGAGAUUUUCUCCUCCAUUGUAAAUGACAAAUGUGGAUUCUUCUUCGUAUUCAAUGCCAUCUUUUUUACAAACUUAAAAAACUUUUACUACUUUGUAGACAUAAUAAACGUCUUAAAUUAUUUGGGGCAUGGGAAGAGUAUCACCCAGAGGGGUGGACCUAUCGAGAAAGACAUUUUAAUAUAUGAGCAAAUUGCGUCCUUCGUGGAAAACUGCUACUUCUGUCUGAUAGAUGACGUAGAUAAUAGCGGCAACUUCUGCGCUCUCGAUCAAGGGUGUCCAAUUGGGAAAAGUACAAACCUAACGCAUGGAAGGAGAAUUAACUCGGAUAAGAUGGAAAAGAUAAAAAAUAAGUUAAAGGCACUUAAAAGGGACAAGUCGCACGAAGAAUUGCUAUUCCUCUCUAUGAAUGAAUGCAAUAAAAAGAUAUUCCAUCAGUUUAGUAAAAUCCCCGAUUUAUUUUGCGACAUGUCGGAGAUUAGCGAAUAUAGCAGGAGUGACCCCACCAAGGAGGGACACUCUCCAAGUGAUUAUGCUCCGAGCGAAAUUAUUAAUCCCCAGAGCAGCAAUGACUUCAGCAAGGACAGCCUGGGAAGGAAAAACACUCUUUUACUAUACAACCAAAGUGAUUACGCUAAAUCAGGAACAUACGAAGAUUUAAGAAGCGGUAGUCUGCACAUUUUGAAAAACUCCGUUUCGAUAAAGUCAGUGGGGCAAUCAUCCGGCGAGGGUCUCCACAAGAACAGCUGGGGCAGCCCCGCCAAGGGAGGCACUGAACCGAAUGGAAAAAUACCAUCCAUGGGCGGCUACCCCAAUGAACAAACUUCCCAGCUUCUUAACCCAAAUGAAAAUGUGCAAAAGGGAUACAUAAAGAAUUUUUUCGCCAACUUGUUUAAAAAUGGACAAGGGGACAAGGAUCCGAAAGGAACUGCACUUGCUGCUGGGGACGAAAGGAACAUUCCUCCUGAAGGGGACCUACCCAAAUUGGAGGUCAAUGAGAAGACUUCAGAUGGGAUAAAUGCAAAUCUCCCAGAACCUGAUAGCGAAGGGGAAAUCCCAGAAAAUAAUAACAUCCUUGAAAUUAGAGAGAGCGAAAAGAAAACUCCUCACGUAGGAAGCGACAUAAGGGGUGGGUGGGAAAAUCACCCAGAGGGGGACGCACCCAAAAGUGAGGAAGCCGCAAGUGACGAAUCGGAAUGUGACGAAUCCAGAUGUGACGAAGGGGAGGCACAACAAUCAUCUGGCAGCCACUUAGAGGGAGGAUGCUCCGCGGUUAGGGAGCCAAGCAAGGUGGCACCUCCGAGCGAGCAGUCUGGAGAACAAAGCUGCGCAAGCUCUUCUCUGUCUGAGUCGUCUGCAGAAAAGGAGCGGAGUAAGAGCGAGGGGGCGAAUGGUCAACCGGCCGAAGUGGAAGACACCGCUGGAGAGAAAGAGGAAGGUGCCCAAUUGGAACCCCCCAGUGAAGACAAAACUGAGCAAGACCCAAAGGCCAUCCCUGGCAUGACGGAAAAAAAGGACAUUCAACAGAAUGACGGAAAGGAGAAUUACCACCAUCCAUAUGACGGCGAUAAUGACGGAGGAGCGACGGAGGGGAGGUCCGUACAAGAAAUUUUAUCCCUCCCUCCGCAGACAGAAAGGAGUCAAGUGAACAAAACGGAGAAUCACGACGGUGAAGAAGUGGCAGAGGCACUUGGGCGAGAUUCACAUGAACAGGGUCCACUCGAAUGUAACGAAAUGCGGGAAAAUACAAUUAAAGACAAAGUUAAGGAUGAUGGUAAAAAAGAGUCGGAAAGGAUUAAAGAAGAAGAAAGCAGACCAGAAAUAUUUUCACAAAGUUUGAAGCAGGAAAGUGGACUCCAUAAAUGCAAAAGUGGGAAUGAGGACAAAUUAGUGGAAACUGCGGAGAGUGGAGUCUCCCCAGGACAGAUGCAGAAUGAGGGAGGUACAACGGAAGGGGGGCAAUCGGGUAGUAGUAACCCCAAUGGGGAGGCAGAGUUCAGCGCGCAGCGCGAAACUGGAAUGGUUACCAUAGAAGGUGAGGAAAACGGCGCUGCUAUUGUAGCAGGGCAGGCAAAACACGAGGUGGACCCUCCAGAUGAGUUCGACGAACGUAAGAGGGGGCAUGAUGGCGCGGAAAAGGCAAGAGCUGGUGAGUCUUCCAAGGGGGAAGCCGCCUCAAACGAGGGAGAAAACGCAUACAAUGAGGGAGAACACGCGUCCAGUGAAAGAGAAGUCGCUUCAAACGAGGAAGUCUCAUCCAAGGAGGACCAAAAGGAGGAACAUGGCUCCCCGGAACCACCCCAAAAAAAACAGCGCACAGACGGGGCGCAAAAUGCGGAUCUGAACGGUCUAGUGAGUCAGUCGGAAAAGGAGGACGAUCCAAACACCCCAGAGGGUGACCACUCCGUUUCGAGUGAUGAAGAGAGUGAUGAAGCGAGUGAUGAAGCGAGUGAUGAAGCGAGUGAUGAAGUGGGUAAUCAAACGGAUGACCAGCCGAAUGACCAAGCGGAUGACCAAACGGACCCCGAAUCGAACCACCAAUCCGACGACGAUCAGAUCGUUCACUUCCUCAAGUCUAACAGAGGCAAUCCGGACAAGGGAUGGUACGCGGAGUACCUGAAGAACCUGUUGCGGUGCGACAAAAAAUGCACAUUGGAAAAUCACGCGCAGGAGAAAGACUUGUUCCUCAGGAAGGUGAAAAAAUUAAGUAACCUGGUAAAGUACAAAAAGUUUAAAGAAAAGUACAGCAAGGAGUGGGAACAAAAAAUAGCGCUAUUCAAAUGUGACAAAUUGAGAAGAGCAUAUAAAAUUUUCCUACUGAUCAUAUUCUCCAUCGUAAAAGAAAUUAAAGAAUUGAAAAAGGAGCUGAACGAUAUGAGUCAAUUUGUUUUUAUCAAUUCGGGGAUCGAAAAUUAUUUAAACGAAAUUAAUAUCUCAACGGUGAGAAUAAAUAAGGGGAGCGGUGUAGGGGCAAAUCGUUUCGACGAUUACCACCUGGGGAGAGGCAGUUCCAGCGGCUUCAGCAGCGACAACGUGAUAAAUAGCUUCUUCCUGAGGAGAGAAUUCCCAAGGGAAGACCCCGAAAAGGAAACAAAUGGAGCAAAGAAGAAAAAAAAAAAAUACAUUUCCUAUGUCCCAUUGCAAAACUACCACAUCUUAUUCCAAUCGAUAAAAGAAAUAUUCAAUGAACAAAAUGCGCAAGACAAAUUAGCAAACAUUUCCUACUACAUCGAGCUGGACAAAUAUAUUCCUCACUACUGCAGCUUAUUUUUUGGCCAAUUCAAGAUUAAGAAGCAAGACUUAUCGCACAUUCAGAGCUUAUAUAGCAACUCAGUACCCACUGUGCCCUGUGUAAACAUGUUCAUCGCCUGUUUGAAUUAUAACUAUUCCAAUGUACUUCAAAAAAAAUUCGUUUUUCAAUCCGAAUUGAAUAAUAGUUACUUGGCUAACCUCCCCUGCGUAUACUGUUGCGACGUUCAAGUUGUGAGGCAUGUAGGUUUUUUAAAAUUAAAAGACACAUGCCAAAGGAUUAUUAAACAGAAGAAAAUUCACCAACUCUUUGUCAAUCAUCUUUCGUCCUCCUUACUGGACGAAUCGUAUUUUCUUGUACCAUUUUUUACUUCCUAUGGAAAAUUUUUAAUCGUUAUAAAAAGUAACAGGAAUGACAAUCCGGAGUCUUCUUCGACAGAUGUUUUACAAAAUAAGAACUGUAUCACUUAUGACAUCCUUAUUAACAGCUUUGUGUUCCCCAAUGGAAGUAGCUUCCAAGCCAUUGUUCACCUGUCUCAUGUCUUCAUAAACACCCUGCGUGAUUUUUUCAAGACAAGGAAUUCUGAUGAGAACAUCCCCGAGAUUGCCUUCCUCAGCUUGCCCCACGUGGACAAGCAGCAUCUUCUGUACCACGAGAUUGAGUCCGCUGCCAACCACACGGACAUCAUCGUUAGUGUGCUAUUCCUGCUCGAGUCCUUCUUCAACAACACGAAAAAGAUGAAAGCCCCCGCGGAGUUCAACCAAGGACUGCGCUUCCUCUACAUUAUCAGGCUUCUCGAAUUUUUCCACCAAAAAGGGAAUGUAUCAAGGCAUCAAUAG